GGGGCAAGAGGAAAGGAAAGAGUCAUUGGUUUGGUUUUUCUGUUGUGAUUUGUUCUUUUUAGUCUCCUGAAUAUUAGCUACUUUUAUGGUCAUUGGUGGUGACCCCUCUGUUCAAAUUUUGAUAGGAUUCUUGAGAUCUUGAUUAAAAAUAUUAACCCCCCACCCAAUCCUCCUCUUUCUGAGAUUACAUGGAUAUGGAAUUUAAAGACUCUCAUUUUUGUUAUGGUCUGACCUUUUACUUCCUAAAAUAAAGUGUCACAACUUGACCAAAUUACAAUUCCAUUUGUAUUACAUGACCAAUAAACCCAACUACAUUAUCAAGAUUUAAGCUUUUCGAAAGCUCUUUUCUUGUGUUUUCCUCUCCUUUGAUCUGAGAUUUUGUUUUUUCUUGGGGUUCUAAUGCGGAGCCAGAAUUUUUCAAGGGACAAGUAUAGCAUGAUUUAAGAUUCUAAUUUGUUAAGGUGAUCUUGUUUUUACUUUGAUAGCAUGAUUUAAGAUUCUAAUUUGUUAAGGUGAUCUUGUUUUUACUUUGAUUUGGUUAAAACAUAGCAAGUUACUCAAUGGAAGAUCAAAAUUUGAAGUUUGUGUGCAAGUUGUGUAACAAGAAGUAUCCUUGCGGGAAGUCACUUGGGGGUCACAUGAGGUCUCAUGUACUUGAUGAGAAAUUUGAAGCUAAUAAUAAGUUGAAAAGGGUGGAAUCUUGGAAUAAUACAAGUGGGAAGAAUCAAUCAAAGUUUGAACUUGGUGGGAUUUCUUAUGGUUAUGGGCUUAGAGAGAAUCCCAAGAAAACUUGGAGGGCGGAGGAUUCUAAGCUAUACUGGUCGGACUCUUCAAAAAUAAUGCCGCACACUUCUAUUAGAGGAUCUGACACACAUCUGUCGACAUUUCAAAGUCCGAGCAACAUAGAUUCUAAGUACACCCCUUUGCCUCAUGAAAAAGUAUGUCAGCAAUGUGGCAAAGUGUUUCAAUCAAUGAAAGCCUUGUGUGGUCAUAUGGCUUGUCAUUCAGAGAAAGAUAAAGGGGGCUUGAAAGAUGAUGAUGAUGAUAACUCAUGGACUAGUGAUCAUAGCCAUUCAGAUACUGGAGCUGAUGAGCUGAUCAAUCAGAGUUGCAGAUCAAAGACUACUAAGAGUUACAAGAAAAUUGUUGUAAAGUCCUUGAAUAAUAAUUAUAAUUGUUCGUCGUCUGUGUCUGAGAUUGAUCAAGAGCAAGAGCAAGAAGAAUUAGCCAAGUGUUUGAUGAUGUUAACAAGGGAUUCUUGGAUUGGGAGUGUCAAUUCACUUGUGGAGACUUCGGAUAACAAUUCUGUUGUUUUAGAAACUAAAUCGUCGUCUAGUGACGGGAAGAAUAACACUAGAAAGAACGGUCUUAAACAUGUCCAGAAUCAAGAUGAAAAGCCUCAAACGAAGAAAGAGGGUGACAGAAACACGAAGGUUGAUAUGUUGGAAGCUAAAACUCAAUCUGAGAACUCUGAUUCAGACUACUACUUAGACGAAAAUGGGAAUGUCGAAUCAGAUGACUCUGUUGAGAAGUUCUUAGGAAAUGGUAAUGGCAAAUGGAGUUCCUCUAAAAUGAGUCUUGGAGCUUGGUUAGACGAGCAGAGGACUGACGAGAAAAAGGGCUUAAACAGAAUCAAACAAUCUCUAACAGAGUCGAGGAAGGAUUUGAGCAAGAAAUUUGAAGGCGAUGGUUAUGGAUUAACCUCAAAUUCUGGUAUAUGCAAAUCACAAAAGAGAAUCGCGGAUGGAUAUAAUCAUCCAGAGAUGAGGAAUGACUCCAAGAAGAUGAAUUUUGAUGUUAAAGGUCCUGAAGAAUUCAAAAAUGACAUUCAUAAGAAGAGAAAGUACGAGUGCUUGAACUGCAAGAAAGUAUUUGGUUCUUAUCAGGCACUUGGUGGAGACAGACCUUGCCAUAAAAAAAUCAACAAUUGUUCUGAAUCAACAUAUGAAACUGGUGAGAAUAGCCUUAGUGCUGAUCAUAAUGAUCCUAAAUGCACAAAAAUUGGCAAGCAUAGGGAUGAUUUCCGCUACAGAAAACCAGCGGUUCUUGCUCAAGAUCUGCCUUAUGAACCUGAAAAAAGGGUUAAACCAAAGAAAUCCAAAGGACGUAAAUGUCCGUUUUGCCAUAGGAUGUUUAAGUCAGGCCAAGCUUUAGGAGGCCACAAAAGGUCACAUUUUAUUCAUGGAGGUGAUCAGGAGAACCUCAAUCAACAAUCUUCAGCUGUCAAACGUGAAGUUACUGACUUGCUCGAUCUUAACCUUCCUGCUCCGGUUGAUGAUGAGGAUGAUGAGCAUGCCCGAUUUAUGUCUUGGUAGUUGCUUAUUAACAAGAUGGCAUACACUGGGCAGGUGCUUUUUCUCUAUAUUUUUUCAUGCUCUUUUUUCUGUUGUCAAUGUUGCCAAAGAGCUCUAGGACUAGCAUUCUCUCUAAUUAGUUGAAAGCUAUGUUGCUCGGACUUUCCAAUAAUGUCGAUCGGUGCAUGUAGGAUACCUCCAAAAUAGUGUAUUUUUGGAGGAUUAACACGGCUACAACAAUUUUUUGUUGAGUCUGAGCAACAUAGGACUUGUAAGAACUCUCACAUUUCCCUUCUGAUUUUGGCAUGUUUCAAGAACAUGCUUUCAUUUUUGCUAGUUAAUUUUAUCUAGUUUUUAAGUUUUGGGACAUUUAAAUUUACAUCAUUGUCUUUUC